AAAAAUUAAAAAUUAAAAAGAAAAUAGUAAUACAAACAUCAAUUCCAUCAGUUACUAGUUUCUUUUGUUUCAUUAAUCCAUCUCUUGAUGGAGACCAAGAAAUUACAUAGCUCAAAUCCCUAAAUUUCAAACACCAAAGAAAAAUAAAUAUAAAGAGGAAUUAGAUUUCAAGAAGUUUGAAGAAAGGAAAGGAGGCGUACAGGAAAUUCAAAAUUAGCCUUUGUCUCAAUUCCUGUAUGCCAAAUUUCUCUCAAUGAAAACAGCCACAAUUCACAUUCUCUCACUACUUUUCUGCAUCUCUCUCUUCCUAUAUUCAACCCACGCAGCACCCAAUCCACCAUUGGUUUUGACAUGCGGAUCUUCAGACGCCGGCGGCAAUGAUCCCGAUGGCCGCAAAUGGGAUCCCGACGACAAAUACAUUAUCUCCGGCGACAAAACCACCGCCGCCAAAGCCGAUUACCAAGACCCUUCCUUAUCUUCCACCAUCCCUUACAUGACCGCCAGAAUAUUCCAAUCAGAAACUACCUACCAAUUCCCCCUCCAAAAUUCCACCUCCCGCACUUUGCUCCGCCUCCAUUUCUACCCUUCUUCUUACCCUAAUUUCAACAUCUCCAAUUCCUACUUCUCCGUUGUCGCAGGAAAAUUCACAUUGCUUCAAAACUUCAGUGCAUUCCUCGCCGCGGAAGCGCUUUCUCAGGCGUAUCUUGUCAAAGAAUACUAUCUAGCCCCAUCGGAUAUGCCCACCCUAAACGUCACAUUCAAACCAUCCGCUGACCAAAACCAGUCAUUCGCCUUCAUUAACGGAAUCGAGUUGAUUUCUUCGCCACCAAUCUUCGACGAGGACCCAAUGUUGGUGGGGUCUGCAACGUCAUCAUCAAGCAGCGAUUUUCAAACCUCGUCGACCGUUCCGAUCGAAACCAGCAGCAUGGAGACGAUGUACAGAUUAAACGUCGGCGGCCAAUUCAUUUCUCCGACGAACGAUUCCGGUGGCCGGAGUUGGUACGACGACAGCGUCUAUAUAUACGGGGCGGGCCAAGGGGUGGCCUUACAAGCCAAUACCACAAUCAGUUACAAAGAUAUGCCUUCGUAUAUGGCGCCAUUAGAUGUGUACAGUACUUACAGAUCAAUGGGCGCUUCUGCUGAUUUAAACAAGAACAGCAAUCUGACUUGGAUUUUCCAGGUGGAUCCUAAUUUCAUGUACCUCGUGAGAUUCCAUUGGUGCGAUUCCGAGAUGACGAAACCGAACCAGAGGGUUUUCGAUGUGUUUGUCAACAACAAAACUGCGUCGAGCGAAGUGGAUUUAUUUGCAAUGACAUCUUCGAUUGCAACUCCAACAAAAGAGGACUAUGCAGUACAUGUGAGCAACAAGACAAGUGAGCCUCAGAUUUGGGUGACCCUUCAGCCUACAGACAAGACGAAAGCUGAAUUUGCUGAUGUUCUUCUCAACGGGCUGGAAAUAUUCAAGCUGAGCGACAAUGCAAAAUCGAGCCUCGCGGGGCCUAAUCCUACGUGUUCCGAUUUGAUGAAGAAAUAUCAACAAGAUCAUGUGUUAGGGCCGAAGUCUUUCGAUAAUUCGAACGAUACGAAGACUUCCAAGGUGGUGAUCACCGGAGCGGCAGGAGGAGCCGCCGCAGUCGGAAUAGCAGCCGUCAUAUUUCUGGCGGCGUACAAGACGAAGAAGAGAGUACCCGGAGCUGAUCAAGGGUCUAGCUGGCUGCCCAUUUCUUGGAAUUCGAGUUCGAAUACCACCGCCACGAAAUCAUCUGUGUUGGGCAAAAGUACUCAAAACGGAGUCUCGAUUUCAUCAGAUGCCGCCAGCAAUUGCCGCUACUUCAACUUAACGGAAAUCAAGAACGCCACCAAGAACUUCGACGAGUCGAACGUGAUCGGAGUUGGCGGAUUCGGAAAAGUGUACAAAGGCAUCGUCGAUGGCAACACCAAAGUGGCGAUCAAGAGAUCGAAUCCAUCUUCCGAGCAAGGAGUGAACGAAUUCCAGACGGAAAUCGAGAUGCUGUCGAGGCUAAGACACAGACAUUUGGUCUCGUUGAUAGGGUUCUGCGAAGACAAUGGAGAAAUGAUUCUUGUUUAUGACUACAUGGGGAAAGGAACACUAAGGGAGCAUCUUUACAAAGGGAACAAACCCUUACCCACACUGUCGUGGAAGCAGAGACUUGAGAUCUGCAUUGGGGCGGCGCGUGGGCUCCACUAUCUCCACACAGGAGCAAAGUACACAAUCAUUCAUAGAGAUGUCAAGACAACAAACAUUCUGGUGGACGAUAAAUGGGUGGCCAAGGUUUCGGAUUUCGGGCUGUCGAAAACGGGCCCGAACAUGCACAAAGGCCACGUCAGCACAGUCGUGAAAGGCAGCUUCGGGUAUCUGGAUCCCGAGUAUUUCAGAAGGCAACAAUUGACGGAGAAAUCCGAUGUUUACUCGUUUGGAGUUGUUCUGUUCGAGGUGUUGUGUUCGAGGCCAGCAUUGAAUCCAAAUCUUCCCAAGGAACAAGUGAGUUUAGCCGAUUGGGCUUUGCGGUGUGCGAGAAAUAAAACCCUAGAUGAGCUUAUCGAUCCCCAAUUGAAAGGGGAGAUUACCGAAGAUUGCUUGAAGAAAUUUGCAGAGACGGCGGAGAAAUGCUUAGCGGAUCACGGAUCUGAUCGGCCCACCAUGGGCGACGUUCUCUGGAGCCUGGAGUCGGCGCGUCAGCUCCAGGAGAAGAGUGACGGCGGCGGCGGCGGAAGUACAUUUUCUGAGACGACGGAGGGCGGUGGAGGUGCUGAAGAAAUAGAUCACGGUAGCAUUAUGGCGAUGCAUCGGAAUACAUUGAGCCUCGGAGAUGAAGAAGAUGUGAAGAAGAGUGGAGACAAAGAUGACAGUGAUGAAAUUUUCUCACUGUUCGUCAAUCAGAGCGGACGUUGAAUUAAUUUCGGAUGUGGAAUUUGAAUUGAUUAAAUUAAAUUAGUAUGUAUGUAUAUUGUAUACUGUAUAGUAUAAACAAAUGAACAUUGCACUAUUUAUAAAAAUCAAGGGACUGU